AUGGCAACAGGAACACCAGCAACUAAUUCUCAUAGUGGAAAACAUCGAUUAGAACCUGAAAUAGAAAAAUAUCGUUUAGAAUUUAAUUGGACUAAAAUUCUUGAUAAAUUAAAAAGUGCAAAAGUUUCAGAAUAUGUUAAAUUUUUGGAAGGAGAAGCUCAAUUAGAAUAUUAUUUACAACAAUAUCCAUUAACUGAUUAUCGUGGAUCAAUUCGUUCAUUUGAAGGUCAAUGUUUAUUAGCUAAAUUAUAUUAUGCUCAAUCACGUUAUGAUGAAUGUUUAACAUAUGUUAAUUUAGCAAUUAAUUCAAUACCAAAUGAUAUUAAUCAACAACCAAAUAGAUCUUCUUUAUCACUUACAGAAAUUUAUGCACUUAAUGGACUUUAA